AUGGCAAAGCAAAAUAGUCCCAAGGGAGCUACUAGCAGUGAUGAUGUACAACAAACCGUCUUGAUUGUAACAAACGUGGAUUCUGAUAUUUUCUCCAACGCCGAGUCACAGGCAGUGUUCGAAUCCACAUUUCGCGACGUGGAUGGCCAGGUCAGCUUCACAUAUUUACGACAGCAACACCGGGCCAGGCUGCAAUUUUCCUCCCCAGAUUUGGCUUCUGAAGCUAAGGCAAGAUACGACGGCAUGAUGAUGUUUGGCCAAGUCAUUGGCUGCUUCUUUGUUCAGUCUCAAGGAGCGGUAGACACCAAUUUCCUCAUUCCCCCAAAACUGCAGCGAGCAUAUCUCUUAUCUCCCCCUGCCUCGCCUCCGGUUGGCUGGAAGGGCGGGCCUGACCUUGAACCCGUUGUAGACCAAGAACUGCUUGCGGCCAUUGGAAACCUUGAAUCAGGCAAAGCUCUUGUGAUUCAUCGAGAUGCUGACAAUCGUCCGAAUAUUAUACUUCAUCUUUCUGACGAUAUUGCAGGGAAACAGCCUGGCAAAUAG